GUCGGUAGAACGAGUGAUCAAAAAAUGCCUGUUUCCACGUUUGCUAAGCAAUAAUUGUUUCAGGUUUACCCAAACUUUCUUUAAACUGAAAAUUUGAAUCCAAUGUGAAGCAGACGAAGGCACAGAUACGAUAUAAUUUCAGAUUUACAAGGGAGAUACAUCGGGGUUGACUUCAGAACAGCCCAGGCAGCUCGUGGAACACGAAAAGAUUGUGCCGACAAUUGAAAAAUCUUUCAGACAUUGUAAACAGUUGAAAAAGAAGAAUUGGGCCUUCAUCCAGUGCCCUGAAUCCAAAAGAACAGCUGUAAAAUUCCACAAUCCUUUCACACAGGAGAAAAAAAUCAUGUAAUUUGACUAUAAAUUUGUAUACCAGGCAUGAACCAUUCAUUAGAAGUUGUGCCUCUGAAUCAGCAAUGGAGGGAUCAACUGCAUCUAAUUUUGUGUUGGGUUUUGUUAUUUUUCUAGCUUUAGCUGGACAACUAGUGGAAGCACAAACGCAGUCUAAGAAGGCCAUAGCUUCGGCUCUCUAUGUCUUCGGAGACUCCACAAUAGAUCCUGGAAAUAAUAAUCAACUCAAUAGUAUUGCCAAAGCUAAUUUUUCUCCAUAUGGGAGAGAUUUUCCAGAUCAUAAAGCUACUGGACGGUUUACAAAUGGGAAAUUAGCGACUGACAUACUCUCUGAACUCUCAGGACUUCCAGAUUUGCUUCCUGCAUCCUUGGACCCCAAUUUUCAAGGAGAAAAAUUGCUCACAGGUGCUAGUUUCGGUUCGGCUUCAUCGGGAUACGAUGACAGUACCUCUAAAACUUUGAAAGUGUUAACGCUGGGAAAACAACUGGAGAACUUCAGGCAUUACCGGUUGCAGCUUGCAAAUAUGACAGGUCAGGGGAAUGCAACCAAAAUCAUAUCAGAAGCAAUAUUUGCUUUAAGCACAGGAUCAAAUGAUUUUAUCAACAACUACUAUGCGAAUCCUCUCAUGUCCAAAAAAUACACCCUUGCACAGUUCGAGGAUAUCCUUCUCCAAUCCCUUCGUGGGUUUGUACAGAGCAUCUACAAUGAGGGUGCUACCAGACUUGUUAUAAUUGGGCUACCACCAUUUGGUUGUUGCCCUUCGCAAAUCACUUUACACAAUGUGUUGAAUGGCUCCUGCUAUGAAAAGUUUAAUGAAGUUGCAACUUCUUUCAAUGAGAAGACAAUUGCUUUAACAAAGGAGAUGACUCUCAGUUUUCCUGCUCUUCGAAUCGCAUAUUAUGAUAUAUAUGCAAAAUUAUAUGACAUGAUUAAAUAUCCCACUAAAUAUGGUUUUAAAGAAACAAGGAAGGGUUGCUGUGGAACUGGACUUAUAGAGGCGUCUAUAUUAUGCAACAAGGGGACCCCAACUUGUAAUGAUCCAUCCAAAUAUGUAUUCUGGGAUAGCUUCCAUCCAACAAGCGAAGCCUAUAACAGCAUUGCCAAGGAUUUAUUUUCCGAAGUUUUGAUGCAACUGAACUCAUGAUAAUUUUGCUGGUUUCUUUAAUCUUUUCUGUUUAGAUUUAUAAAAUAGCUACGUUGUAGCACUCACAAUGUAGUAGAGUGUGAAAGCAUGUAGCUCCGCGAGAAAAUAAAAUUAAUAAGGAGUUCUUGACGGCGCCAUUCCAGCCAUUAACAUCCUUGAAGAAACGUGUGUAUCUAGAAAAGUUAUAUGAUCCACACAACCUUUUAUAUUAUAUCUAUAAGUAUAU